GAAAUGCCACAAACAACAUGACGUGUUCGCCCAGCUGGAACGCCCGCCCGGCGUCAUUUCCGCCAGUGGAAGACGUUUCAGCCGAAGUUUUACCGAAUUCACGGAAUGGUGAACAACCGGAUUACGGAAGAAGGGCAGGGAGAAGAGUCCUACCGACUAAUAGAGGAUGAUCUCCCUACUCAGCCACACUCUCCCUCCAAAAAGUUCUCUCCUUCCAAGCGAAAACAGUAUUACAUCAACCGUGCCAUCCGUAAUUCUGAGCUGACGCCUCGAGCCAAGGGACGCAAGAGUCUGCAACGCCUUGAGAAUAAUCGUUACCUGAUGACUCUCCUGGAGAGGGAGGAGUAUACCAGUGAGGAAGGGGAAAACAACUGCUCUCGUGCAUCUCCCAGCAUAUUCUCUGAGGCAUGUAACAAUGAGACAUAUGUGGAGAUAUGGAAUGACUUCAUGAACCGUUCUGGAGAGGAACAAGAGAAGGUCAUUCUUUUUCUGGAGCAAAAAGUGAGAAGACCCAGAGAAAGGAAUGACAAGGCGAAAGACAUUAUGACAGAGUACCCUGCAUACACUCCUGAGGAAUGUUAUCGGCGAAUCAGCCGCAGUCUACGUGGUACUUUACGAAAACGCCAGAUUCCCAUGGGGACCUUGGAGUGCCUGGAAGAGGAAAUGCUCUCCUUCUUUUCUGUCAGCCCAGAAUCUGUUUACAUUGCCAUGAUGGAAAAUAGCUACCAGCGCCUCCUGCUGCAUGCUGUUUGCCAGUACAUGGAUUUGGUCUCUGCCAGCUCUGACUUCAAAGGCAAACGUCAGAUGCGUGUGAUAAACAGACACCGGGAGUUUUGUCCCCCAGAGCUGCUACUCUCUUCCUACCUCCAGAUGAGAUGUUGACCAUUUCUAGGACAUUCAAUACUGGAAAGUACUCAGUGGCAUGUUGGUGUUACACUGCUAGUGGCCCUGUCCAUAAAUGCUUUGCAAAUUUUUCUUGUGGGUCACAGCAGCACUGCGCCCUAAGGCAGUGAAAAAAUCACUUAAAAAAAGAAGUCUCUGGCUAGUCUAGUGCUAUAUAGAGGCAUGUUGGUCAUUAUGUGCCAAAUUGUGCAUCUUUGCAGAAAGCUGACAUACUUUUUCUGCAAGUAGGUCUUAUAACUUGCUGCAAACCAGUGUGCAAAGUGAUGAGAGGAAAAAAGAACAAGACCAUGUGUAAUGUAUGAUUGUAAAUAUGAAAAUGUAAUUGACUUCUAAUCAACACGAGCAGUCAAACUCAAAAGGGCUAUCUUUCACAGUGAUGUCACUAAAGCAAAUCCGUGAGCUAUUAUAUUCCUUUUCCUGAUGCUGGUUUACUGGGUAAUGCAUUUUACAGGGACGCUGUCACUUUAUUUUUUCUUACGCGUGUUUUUGCAGAGCUGCUGCACACGUUCAAGUACCGGUCAAAGCACACUGCUAAUAUGUGUGCAGCACUGACAGGUACUAUUGCUAUAGUAUUAACAUUAUUUAUUUUUACCAUUACUAACAACAAUUCAAAGUAAGUUUACAAGGGACAUACCGUAUAUACUCGAGUAUAAGCCGAGUUUUUCAGCCCCCAAAAUAUGCUGAAAAACGCUACCUCGGCUUAUACUCGGGUCAAGCGCAAAAACGGUCGCCGGUGUCUAAGAAUAGUCGCCGGCGUCUAAGAAUAGUCGCCGGCGCCUAAGAAUAGUCGCCGGCGUCUAAGAAGAGUCGCCGGCGCCUAAGAAUAGUCGCCAGCAUCCAAGAAUAGUCACAGGUGUCCAAGAUUAGUCGCAGGCGUCCAAGAAUAGUCUCCAAGAAUAUACACUGGCGUCCAAGAAUGGUCGCCGGCAUCCAAAAACCGAGACGCCGGCACCUCCAAUGGCAGCAGAAACCCUCAAUUUUUUGAUUGAAACUUACC